CGCAGUGUCUGACAGCGUGGGCUGGGCCUUGCCACUGAAGCAGAGUCACUUUUGGGUCCCCUGAGGCAGCUGUCCCAUGCUCUGCUGAGCACGGUACCAUGCUUCUGCACCUCCUCCUGCUGCUGACCCUCCUGGGCCCUGGCAACAGCCUUCAGCUGUGGGAUACUCUGGGGGAAGGAGUCAAGGAAGCCUCAGGCCCCGCACUUAUCCGGGGACGGAGACAGGCAGGAGAGGACGAUGAAUUUGAGGACCCUGACUAUCCCCUGGAGGCCACGGACCUUCCAGAACUACUUGAAAACAUCACCAACCCUGUGACUACAAACCCUGAGUCUCUGACCACCAUGGGCACGAUGGAGCAGCGAACUUUUAUGAGGCCCGGAAUCCCGGAACCAGCUACUGUGGAGGCCACAGCUAUAGGUUCUGCCGGCCCAGAUGCAGGAGGGGCAGCGGUGGGAAAGCUUAGCACAGAACCAGUGACACAGAGGAGCUUAACCACAGUGGAGAUGACCACUCAGCUAGCAGCCGCAGAGGCAGAGACCAGCCAACCAGCAGCCGCAGAGCCAGAGACCAGCCAACCAGCAGCCGCAGAGCCGGAGACCACCCAACCAGUGGUUACAGAGGCAGAGACCAGCCAACCAGCAGCCGUAGAGCCGGAGACCAGCCAACCAGCAGCCGCAAAGCCGGAGACCACCCAAGCAGUGGUUACAGAGGCAGAGACCAGCCAAUCUCCCAGGAAGUCCAAGGCUGUAAAAGUUCUGUUCACAGAGCCAACUGCCACAGAGCCUCUGUCUAUAGCACCAGUGACCACGAAGUUCCUGUCCACAGGGCCUACUGGGUCCAUCAUCUUUCUUGGGCCGUCUGCUACUCAGGAGAACAUCACUAUGACGAGAGACAACUUAUCUGACAUCGGCAUGAAGAAAGGUCAGAUUGUCACCCCUGGGAGCUCUGUGGCCCCCAGCUCUACAGGGACCUCGGACCUCAUCCCUGUGAGGCAGUGCCUGCUCGCCAUCCUUAUCUUGGCCCUGCUGGCCACCAUCUUCCUUGUGUGCACCGUGGUGCUGGCAGUCCGCCUCUCUCGUAAGAACCACAUGUAUCCCGUGCGUAACUACUCACCCACGGAAAUGGUCUGCAUCUCGUCCCUGCUGCCUGAUGGGGGUGAAGGGCCCCCUGUCACAGCCAAUGGGGGCCUGCCCAAGAGCCAGGGCCUAAAGGCAGAGUCCAGUGAGGACCGAGAUGGGGAUGACCUCACCCUGCAUAGCUUCCUCCCUUAGCCUCCCCUGCCUGAGUACAAUCCCAGACAGCUUGUGCCUGUCAUGCCAACCCACUGGUCAGCAAGGCUACAGGUCUGGAUUUCCUGAGUGACCCCUGUUCCCAGGAGUCUUUAGGUGUACAGACCUUGGCCCACCCCAAACUGGGCCAAGAGCAGCCAAGAUCCUAUGGCUCCUGCCUCAUGGAGCCUGAUGGCCUCCAAGCCAAGGAACAGGGCAUCAGUCACUGCCUGGAUAGAUCUCCCUGCCUGUCCCGUUUGUUCUGAGACUCCCUUAACACUUCCUGCUGCUGCCCACCUUCCUGCAGGCCACUGAAGUCCUGUCCCCACGUUCCCAAGGAAGACUGAGUUCCUUAAGCCCCAGUCAUUUUCCUCUGUUACUUUGGAUGCCAAUGGUCUCAGUUGCAAAACAGAAAGGGGGCACUUGAGGCUGUGAAGAGCAGCAGUCCCCAAGCGCCAUGACCUCUGCUCUUCCAUAUCACAGGGAGGGGCAGCUCGACUUUCCUGGGCUUCUGUCUGGGAGAUCCCUGGACUGGGCAAGAGCUCAACUUGGGGAGGUUAGGGUGGGUUUGGAAGGUUAGCUCCUUCUUCGGGACUGUGAACUAAUGAGGUUCCAUCUGGUAACAGAGUGCCUUUACCCUGCCCAUCCCUACCUUUCCCUGUGGCCUUGGUUUAGGGUGGGCCUGGCACAGCACAGGCACUCAAUAAAUGCGUGGUAAUACGUG